UGCUAAGCUGCGUGUUACUUUAACACCAGUCGGUGUUUUGGAAGUGUUGGACAUGAAUCUGUUCAGCUAGGUUAGUCCUUCUGAAUUUUGUGAAAUGGAUUUCUCAUUUCACCAUUAAAUUAGUUUUUGUCCUCAGUAUCAUGGUGACCACCGUAGAUCCACAAUUGCAACGGUACCAUAGCAAUGGAAACCAUAUGUAUUGCCGACUGAUUUAGGUAUGCUUUCUACCAGUAAUUUAAAUGUCAUGUUAUUGGCACGAAAAAUUUACAAUUAGCCAUCAGGAGUUAGACCACACAAAGUUAUUUCUUGCUGACCUCGCGUUCUAGAACGCGAGCUCCAAUUAAACAAGAAUGGGAAAUAGAGGCGAACUUUGGGGAAAUACGGACGACACUAACUAAGAAAACCUGGUGUCAAUUCAUGCGAUAUUAAAACUAAAAAUAGCCUUGCUCUCCUACUCUGGGGAAAUAAUAAGGCUUUUUGCCAAAUUUUGGAGCGAUAAAUCCAUAAUUUCACACAUUAGUGAUCGCAUGACUCCACCAAAACUUCAGAUAUCACCUACACUUACGAUAUACAUAUUCCAGUCGUGGCUUGAAUAUUCCGAAGUUUUGCCUUUGCUUCCCCAUGAAAAUGAACAUUAGUGCGCAUGCAAAUUAACGCAUAAUAUCAAAUUUAUUUCGAUAAUUGAUGUUCAGCAGAAAUUACUAUGGAAGUGAUACGCCCCCUAACUGUCAAGUUCUAUUGUCAUCUGACAUCUGACAAAUAAAAUGCAUCGGUUUCAGUGAACAGUAUCGAUGUUGCAGACGACAGUAAUAAAGAAAACGUACAUUACAAAGUAAUUUAUUAAAAAGAUGCAAGAUAAGCACUCAGUUCGGUGUCUCAUUAAACAGUAUUCCGUCAGUCGCCGUCCUGAUCAUUAUAGACUGUAUACUGAAAUGUUUAUCAAACUUCUCCAUAACUGCAUUUGUAAUGAAGAUAUCCCAAUCGCCCGGUGACCAUAAAUUAUAACAUGAAGUCGAACUCACAGUAGUGUUGCACAAAAUGCUCCGUUGUGUGUAGAAGCGCUUUUCCCAUGGGAAAAUGCGUUACGUCAAAUUUCAAGUUGCUGAUCAUUCGGGACCAGUAUGUGGUUGCUUCGUGUCUUAUUUGAAAUAUGCAAUGACAUAAGUGCAAUCUUAGCUACAAUAAACGCAUCUAAUUACUCGUGGUGCAUCUUAAUGAAUAUAAAUUUGUGUAUUCAAAUACAAGCCACAUUUCUAAUGAGAUCAAAUCCUUUUGUUUGCCUAGUCAAUGAAGAUAUGUAUUGAAAUUCGAACGUGCAGUUGAGUUGAUGACAAUCGAAUUCUUUAGCUCUAAAUGCGCCUAGUCUGUACUUACCGUGUAGAAAUCUGAUCACUUCACUAAUUGCAUCUGUUAUUCUAACCUUUACCCCUUGUGCCAUGCUAGUCACAGGUCACUUAGAGUAAAUGUUCUCUUUUACUCUAGGAUCAGUGUUCCAAGCUGCUCUUUCCUCCUAGUUAUCCUUUUGCUUUUAUGACGUCCAUUUCUACUACAAGGUUGUGUUGAUUGUGCAAAUAGAUUACUGUAUGUAUGCUAGUUAUCUUUUUCAGUUGCUUUGAUAUGAACAAGUUCUUAGCACAUUGGACAAGGGUACAUUUUGAGCACUCUUACACUUAAUCCCCUUAAGCGUCGGAUAUCAUUUUGACACACUGUAACUAAAUGAACACUUAUUUAAUCUCGUAACCCGCACAUACUUGAAUUUUCUGUUGUGAUAUCUAAGCUAAUUCGCCACUUAUGUAAGGUCACAUGUGUUGGAAGUUAACAGUUUUAAAAGUCGUAUCCUCACUAUGAAUAUAACGUAAUGGAAAAUUCAUAUUUAGCUUCUGAGUACGUUUUUCCUACCUUUUUUCAACAUCGUCUACUUACAAGAGGUAGUCUCGUGAUAUAUAUGGGAAGUUUCACCUAGUAAACAGAUUUUAUUGGUACUGAUUGUCAAGUCACAUUCACAACUAAUAAGAUCAUGACAUUCUAUUUGCAAAUUUCAUCUUAGAUAGUAAAAUAGACGUUAUAUACAAUUAAGUAUCUCUUUCAAGGUAGAAAGUGUCUUAUUCGCCAUAACUUGUUUUUGAAACUAAUUGUGUUAAGUGUAGUGUAGCGGAUGUCUCGCCUACGCCAAAAAUAGUAACACAGGUCGGCGAAAUACAGUCGAGCUUUUUGAAUCCGUGUCAAGAUUUCGGCAGACACCAGCUCAUCAGGAUUAGAGACUUCCAAGAUGGGUGAAGCAGUCGAUACACUCAACUAACUCACUUCCUAUCAUUAAUUCAGGCGCUGACGUAAGCCAAUUCGAAGCUACAUUUUACAUUUGGAGGGCGAGUACCGUAUCCUAAACAUGCUUGGAUUGUUGCUUAAGCUGGUCAAGAGACUGCAUUUUUUCAGCGUCUUGACCAAACAGAACUGUCUGCUUAUUCCAAGACAACAAGUGAAUCUGGUAGAUCAAUCCCUGAAGAGUCAGACAGUUAUCUCUAAAAGCAUGUCUAUGACAAGGUUAAAUAAAAAUGAGGAAAGCGGGUAACUUUGAUGAAUACCACUUAAAGUAACCACUUCCGAUGACAGUUUUCCAUGAGCUCUGACUCGACCAGUAGUAGUAGUGUUCGUGUUCAGAGCAUGUACAAGGUUAAUGUAUCUCGGUACACCUUUCAAUGACAGACACUACCACAGAAACUCACGAUCAAUGGGGUUGAGCGCUGUCUUAAUGUCAGGGAAUAUAACUAUAGUCAGUUGUACGUUAAAAGUAUGUCUAUUCCAGAAUCUGCCGAAGGGUGAAUGUUUGGUCUAUACAAACACGUCCAGGCUUGUAACCAGCCUGGUUGUCUCGGGUUUGCUCCAUUUAGGCAUUAAAGUAUUAUUGAGGUUAGUAUUUUAGAUAUAGUAGUCAAACUAAUUCCUCUGUAAUUGUUACAAGAGGGGUUUUAUUCUUUUCUUAUCGAUUGGGAUGAUCAGCUAUUGAUACCACUCAUGGUUAACUUACUCCUUAUCUAGUUGUCUCUAAAAUAUAUUAUUGACUUUUCCAUCAUUAUAUUGAACUCCAAGGAGUUUUCUUGCUGUGGCUUUUCUACGUCCAGUAUGACCCAGACAUGUAUGUGCUUGUAGUUGAGCAUGGUCUGAGUCUAAACAUGUGCUCAAAAAUGUGAUGUAGUCUUCUAUCGAGCUUCUCCAACGAUGACAUUGCGGUCUAUUAGAGUCCAUCGGUGAGUCGACAAUGGGGUUCGCCAUGUCAGAUGGUGUUCCUCCUUUUGCUUAAAGUUGGUUCUCGCUAGAAACAGUCUUACGAACAUAAUUGAGACAGACGGUCACUAUUAUCUGUUCUCUAAGCCUCAACAUCGUAAGGUCCACCUGGAUAUUGAAAUCACUUGACGCUUAUUACACCUAAGCGUUUAACCUUUUAAAGGCGGUUGAAGAACCGUACGUCCUCAUAUUAUAGCAGUAUUUGAUUGAGGAUUACGGUUCUCCAUCUAAACUUCGUAGUACGAUAUUGCUUCAAAUAAUGUGCCAUUGAAAGGCGUACUUUAGAAGUACAUAAACCUUGUAAGGGCUCUCUACUCAAACACUACCUGUCAAAUCAGAGCUUAUGGCGAACUUUCAUCUGAUUUUACAACCUCAGGUUGUGUCCGGAAAGGCUGUCCACUAUCUCCAUUUUUGUUUAAUUUCACUAUAUAUUUACUUCUGGAGAUAACGUUCUCGUCAUCUGAAUUUUCGGGAAUUGAUCUACCGAGAGGUCCACUUAUCGAGUUAGAACACGCAGAUGACAUAGUCCUGUUUGGCGAAGACGCUGACAAAAUGCAGAGUCUUCUGGUAGCACUGAGCAACAAUGCCAGGAUGUUUGGAAUGCUCUUCUCUCCCUCUAAAUGCAAGUUGUUGCUUCAGGACUGGUCUACGUUAACACCUGAACUAGGGAUAGGGAGUGAAGUAGUCGAACGCGUUGACAACUUCACUUAUCUUGGAAGUCUGAUCAGCCCAAAUGGGUUGGUGUCUGGGGAAAUCUCUGUACGGAUUUAAAAAGCUGGUUUGGCUUCUGCCAAAUUACGUCACCUAUGGCGAAGGCGAGAUAUGGCCACGCGUAUACAGCCGCUACCAGGAAGUCUUACUCACUGCUUCUCGUGGCAGGGAUGUUGUUUACGAAUUUGAGAGGACGAGAAGCGGGUUGGUGAAUACGGAGGAUACAUCUAAGGGAGUUUGAAAACCCUGAUUCCAAACCAAUGGUGCACAUGGGCUCCAGUAUUCUGAGGGAACAAAUGGCGUAUGAACCCAUUAUUGGUCACCGGCCACCAUGGGACUGCAUCUCCUUACGUUGCCCCACUGCCUUGUGCAUCAGACCUUUGGCCAAAGGCUCCGGGUGUGGCUCCCAAAGAAAACCACCUGCUUCGAUUUGGGCACCCAGAUAGUAUCAUAGCUCACACACUAAUCAAGUGGCUUGUGUGGCGCAUAUGUAUUCGGUACCCCUUUGUACCAAUAUUUAUGUGAUUAAAUAAAUAAUAAAUAAAAGUAUUUGUUCACGGAUGUCUUAGAAACACUGCCAGCAUCUGCUUGGAUCACCGGGUAAGCAAUAAUGAGGUUAGACACAGAGUAUUAGGGAAUGAUGGUAAAUCAGUCUAUGAGGUUGUGAAUCUCCAUCGACUAAGAUGGUCGGGCCAUAUAUUACGCAUGCCUAACCACCGAUUACCAAUGGUGACUAGUGUUGAAGACGGUUGGAAGAACGUUAGGGGCGGUCAAACCAAAACGUUGCAUCAGUCCGUAAAAUCACUAACUUCUAAUCUGAGCCAUUUUGGCAGAUGCAGACUACUUGGUUGGGGUCCGCGUUACUAUCGUAACCUGUGGUUGGAGACUGGGUGACGGCUCAGAACCGGUCACAGUGGUGUAGGUGCAUACACUCUUUGUCUUCCCUUACCUUUCUACGAAUCAAUCCUUUCUCCCUGUAUUAUGUUCUUAUAUGCAAUCUUUCUUUUGUAUAUUAUUACCAUUGAAGUAACUACUUCUAAGAAUUCGGUGUUCAUCUUGUGCUAAUGAGGUAUGGCAGCGUAGACUGAUACAUAUAUGUGCCUGGUCCUAUAUUGUAGAUAACUGGCUGAUUGAAGCAAGUUUACGGAUUUGACUAGGUUAACCUACCUUAAAGUGACACUAGUUAUAAAGACUCCUAUGAUCUUUAGUCCAUUCAGUUAUAAUUCAAGUUUAUUUUCGUGCAGCAAUGCGCUUUAUGCGUGUAGGUUCUCGAUGUAGUUACCGACUGUUAGUUCCCGUUCCUGGUGUCAAAAUGUUACCUUAUCCAAACACUUAUUUAUGCUAAACAUUUCUCUGUCCUAAUUUGAGCCUAGGUGAUUAUACAGAAUGGUACAUAUUCGUACCAGUUUGUAGGUUCUGCAUGUAUAUUAAUGCAUAAGAAACCUGUUUAAACCGUUAUCUUUUCUUUAAAAAUGGCAUUUGUAUUUAUGACUGUUUAAAGUCGGAAAUAAGAACUAACUCCUAAUAUCUGAUGAAUAACUUUUCGGCUAUAUAUCCUAGUCGUAACUAUGUGCUUGUUUAUCCAUAUAUAACUGACAUUAGAAUUUUUUCGGUUACUUAAACAGCAAGUUGAAAAGGCUGACCACAUCAGAAUAUUUACCAAAUAUUAUAAACACAAUAAAGUUGUAUGUGAAUAGCUGAAUACUGAUACUUUUAAUAACAUUAAAUAAUUCUUCCUCUUGACCUACACAAACUACGCCUAGUAUUUAUUACGAUAUUCGUAGGUGAGAUUUGUAGUUAUCAGUAACGUCAAUAUCUGGUGUAAGCUUAAUUCGUACAAUUAAAGUUUUCUACUUAUAUUUCCUAUUAAGAUUGUUUUUGGUAUACACACACUCAAGCAAAAUAAUUUAAAAUUCACAGUUGCUGGUGUUAAAACAACUCAACUUUUCAGUAUCAUUCAGCAGUGUAAAUACCAGGUUUUAUUUAAUUUACUUUCUCAGCGUUAUAGUGUGUAAGAGUUCUUUCAAGUUGCCGGCUGUUUUUUAUUAAUUUCCCAAUUAUUACUAGACUAUUUGCGGCCGUUUUGUCUGGUAUUAAGUUGAGAUUUUCUUAUAUUCACUGAUGACGAAAGUGGAGUUUCAAUGGUUCAUCUUCCAUUAUAUACGGGGUCAAUAGAUUUCCUACAGACUUGUAGAGCAGAAAAGUUGUAGUUUAAACUCAUUGCAAUCUUGUAUUCGAAGGACUUAAACUAACAUGGAUUAUUGAUUAUUAACAUGCGUCUCUGUAUUCAGUUCAUUAGGUUUUAAUCAAUUUAUUAGAUAAUACAACGUUCAUUGUGUAACCCUAAGACUGACUGCUAUGUUUGGAGAGAUUACGAGUUCUAAAUUUGCGAACGGAACGAAGACUCAGAGACAGGACCCAAAAGCUAACUAUAAUAUACAGUGAUCCAAGCGACUUUCAAGCUCUUUACAUAUGUUUUUAUACCAUAGAGUGGAUCAUGGUGGAUGUUCCCUUACUAACUCAUAUAUCUGAAACUACAGACUGCAGCUCAUCUUCCUGCCAGGCAUCAUCUGCUUCAGACGAUUCUGUUCCUGAAGGCUAUUUAAUCUUGACAUUCGAUAAAAAGAAGAAAGCUGUUUUAAAAACCGCUGUGUUUGCAGAUGUUUCGGAUCCUAGAUUUGCAGAUGAUUAUGAAGAUGAUGAUGAAGAUGAAAGUAAUGAUAACUGUUGGCCACUUCAUGAGUCCAAGUUAGCUGUUCACCAGCAGGAAAAUGAUGGCGUACUUGAAAAUGAAGUUACUGAUGCCAAAGGUUUUUUGUCGAAACCUCUUGUUAUUUCUACGGAUGCAGCUGACAAAACUUCCUCUUCAUCUUAUACUUCAUGUUACGGCGAAGCCUUUUGGGUUGGUGAAGAUGAGCUAAACGUAAAACAAAAUACUACAAGUUCUUGGGAUCUAUCGCCUGGUAACAAAGUAUCUCAAAGUUUAAUACGUACUAGUCCUUUGACGUGUGAUACUCAUUCAGUAACUCCGACUUCAACUUUACAGUCAUCUACUGAAAGCUGGUCUUUGAGCACACCUCAGUCAACAAUAACUCGACUAACCGGCACUUUCCCUUAUCGCAAAGCUACAUAUCCCAUUAAUCAUCUUGCCAGAAAAUACAACCAUAACACGUUUUCAUCUCACUUCCAGCCUAAAUGGCCUAGAGCAUUUAAUGUCCAUUUAGGUGAUCAUUCCAAAAAGAUGCUCAGGUGUGACCAAUGUGGCAAAUAUUACCGUAAUGAUUAUAGCCUACAUCAUCAUAUUUGCUUAAAGCGCAAAGAUGUGUGGAAGAAAGGUGAUGUGCCUUCUGAAAUGAUUGAUGGUCAAGUUAUGUAUUUUUGUCCCAGUUGCCGUAAGCCUUUUAAAUGGCUUGGUAACCUUACACGACAUUUCUAUGUGCAUACAGGUCAAAGAUUCUUUCGGUGUGAUAUUUGUUCUAAAGAAUUUUUCUCUGCUUACCAAGUUAAAAGACAUAUGAAUUCACAUACAGGUGUCCGUUUCAAAUGUGAAGUAUGUGACAAACCUUUUACAUGUAAAUACGCCUGUGCUUGGCAUACUAGACAACAUUAUGCUUAUUCAUUAAAAUAAUAAAUUUUAAGAAUUUCUCUCUGAUUCUUCCAAAUGAAUUUUUAGCAACGAAUAUAUACAUACCUACACUUUGCUUUUUUACGUUUCAAUGAGAGAUAUUCAAACAUACACCUUGCACAAUGAUUUAUUUUUUUACUAAUAAAAUUUCAAUAUUAGCCAAUGUUUUUAAUAUCUUUCUUGUAUUCAAUAUAUAUUAUAUCACAUUAAUAAUUCACGUGCCUUAAGUUACGCUACAUAAUGCUCGCCACCAGCGUCUUGGAUAUUUUGAUAACUUGUGAGUAUAUUUAUUGAUAAUAUACACUUACAUCACACUUUCUAAUCAACUGAGAGAUUGCUCAAUUCCCUCAUGGUGUGAUUGUUACAUCUCACUGAUAUUUAAUUAAAACAGUAUUCUUUUAUAUUAUAAUUUUGCCUCUUAUAAUAAUUAUCAACUGUGGCGGGUAAUAAAUACAAAUAUUGUGCUGUGACGAAGAAAACCUGUUUGCACCUCUUACUAGCCAUUAUAAUAAACACAAUCGUUGAGUAUUUCUUUGUUUUUGUAACUAUUUUUUUAUAUACAUGUUUACACUGUUUUUGAUAGAGUAUCGUAUUAUGCAACAAAAAGAAGUGAACAAACAAACAAUCUGACAUAGGUGACCCCUCGUCAACACCUGUUCUUCCAAAUAUUCCUAUCUCCUCUAUCAUUAUUACCUACUUUGGAAUCUGUUGUGCCUUGCUUUAUUCGGUUACAGUAGCUGUUUGCCUCUUUGUAUGCACUUGGUUUUUAUAUAUAUUGCCUUUUUUCCUAAUUAUUAUUAUUACCAUUUAUUAUUAACAAUCUAAAUUCAAGAAUUUUUUUGUAGAAAUUGGUGAUUAUUUUUUGCUUGGUUUCUUAUUGUUAUUCUGACAAUUUUAAUGAAAAUAAAGUUUUUUUUUAAAAAAAGAAAGUGCACUCGUAACUGUUUUAUGUGUAGUUAACAUGUUUUAUCUUGUUGUCUUCUUUCUAUCCAUCAAACUAACAUUUUGAAUAUAAGUUGGUUAUGUAUAACGAUGCCAUCUGUUGUUGAUAUAGAAAACAAGGUCAAUGUAGAAUAAGUCAAACUUCAAUGUAACGGAGGAGAAUAUACGGUGAUAAUUAUAACGAUAAUAGUGAUAUCAUAUACAGCAGCUCUAUCUGCUUCUAGCCCCUCCCGUCAGCUAUUCUGAAGACGAUUUAUUGAACGAAACCAAAGCAGAAUAAAUUUACAUCCAAGCUAAUUCAUUUACAUAGUGAUUCAGUGAUUGUUAGUCACAGAGUUUUAUUAACUGAGCAGUUGUCAAUGAAUACGAAGUUAUGGUGAAAUAGUGCACGGAAAAUGCAUUGAGAAUCAAUGGACUAAAUGCAGUGGAAGGUAAUCAGUAAAAUACACUAAAAGUUGACUGAGCAAAGAUCACUCCGGAUUGAUAUACAAAAUUAAGAUUGAUUUUUCCUCUCGUACAGUGUGUCGGAGGUAUAAUAUAUUCAACGUCAUCCUCUGUAGCGUAGGAGCGCGCGAUUUCAAACCGUUACUUGUCAUAUUCAAACACAAAAAUGUGGAAAAUAUACUCGAAUUUCUCUAUGAUUUUUAGUUUGGUAUUAGCGUAACACUUGCUCACUCAUCACUAGUGCACCAUAAAAUGGCUGUUUACCGAGGUCCUAGAUCCUGGAAAAGUGAAUAUGAGUUAGUUUAAUUAGUGAAUAUUUAACUUCAGUAGUCAUAUUGUGAUGCUGACCCAUCUUCAUAAACUCGUGUUUUCAUUUACUGUAACUGCUUUUAUGAUAACUAAAUCUACUAUAAACUUGGAAAUAUUUUUUAACGUUUUUGUUAGUGGAUAGAUACCCUUAAAUAUCGGUCUUUCAACUUAUAUAUUCAAUUCGAAAGUGUACCACCCGAAAUGCCUCAAAACAGCAACUAAUAACUGGUUUCGUGUUCUUAUGGUACACAUUUGUUCGGUCAGGUCUAGUCUUCUCCCAAAUUCUAUUCCUCUGUUAGCAGGUGUAGUGUUCCAGCGUUAACGGUUGGUUAUUCAAUAUACCUAACGUGCAACUCAUUCUUCUUAAUUGAUAAAACUUCACAGGCUCCAAUCGAUUUCAACUUUCUUCUUUCUAUAAUUCGUUAGUUAUGUCCUUAAAUAAAUGAUAUGACCAAUCAGAUUUUACUUGGAACACCCACUCCUUUUGACUCAGUUGACAUUGGUGUGUGGCCUGUCUUUUUUCGCACGUUAACUACAAAUCGAUUAGACAUGCAAACAAGCAAAUUUCUGACUACUUUGUGUAGAAUUCUAAUGUUUGUUUCAGCAAUGAGACUAAAAAGUCGACUUGAGCGUCAAGUCUUGAUGUAUGGAAAAUAGCGCUGCCGUUUCCGAAUUUUUUCAAUAGUAUUAUCGACAAUAAAAAAGUUAGGGCAUAGACGAUAUAAUUCGAGAAGAUAUGGGUCGGGAUAAGAGAAUUUUGUAAAAUUAGGAGACUUAUAAUAUAAGAGAAUAUAUCUGCUCCAUUGCGACCAAUUCUAGAUCAUGUUACCUUUGAACCUUAGUGACUACGAUAGUCGCGCGGAGCCUAAUCAGGUAGUCUGCAACCACCUACGUGGCUCAGUCCAAUUUUCGAUGACUUCAUGAACUGGUCCAGCGUCUUGGUUUGACGACUAGUUUUCUUCCAAUCCACUAUACCAGACAAUACCCCCCUCGAAGUAGGCGGUAGUUGGGCUUAUGUAAUAAAUGUCUCAACCACCUCAGUGAUGAAGAUUUACUGCCAUCCUUAUCCAAUGCCCUAUGUCCGACCACAGGACUAUUCAUUCAGAUCCACUCAGAUUCAUGUGUUCAACUUUGAGUCAUCUUUAUGUGAGAGCUCGGGGAAUUAUAGGGCUCUCAGAAAAAGGUGGAGCGGAGUUCGUAUAUGCGACCUAAUCAUUGAAGGUUAAGUGGUCUAAGGACUAAUUCGCCACUCCUUACAAGUGGCGUAGAAAACAUUCAAAAUAAUUGCUAGAAUGCAUUUUGUACGAAGCUGUUCGAAUAGAACAAUCAUAUUAUAGUCUAAGUUAAAAUAUGCCCCACAUUCAAUUUCAUUUGUAUUUGUUGAAAAAGCCGAAAUUCGAAAAGUAUGGAAGAUGCAUAAAGGAGCAGACAAAUAUAGAGUAUAAUGCAUGAAUAUGGAAAUCAACUAUAGGGUAGGAUAGCUGAUAUAAGAGUCACUCAGUUUUUAUAGUCAAAUAAAAAUAUUUAAUAUGCAUAGAUGCAUACAUAGUAACAGGCGCACAUAAAAUCUGGAAAAAGUAGUUUAUACGGAUGAAUAAAUACGCGAAAAUAGGUAUACAAUAUCACGAAAUACUUAGUCGAGUUAGACCAACACAUUUACUGGUCAGGCCAAAAAAAUGGAUAGAGGUGUGAUGAAGGUUGCUACAGUAUCUACCAAUCGCAAAGAAUUAAUCCAAACACUGAAGUUGAACAUAAUCUACAUGUAGCAGCAUUAUCAUUUUACAGUGUAGACAGUCAACCAUUCACAUACCAAUAAUAGCAUUCGAACAAUCAAUGUAUACAAUAAAGCUUCCUCUUUCUAAAAUUUUCUCCUAUUCCUAAUACCGAUUAUUCUUCUAUCACUCGAGUACAUAAAUAAGUACUUUUGGAGAAUGAGUUAUUUAUUAUCAUACAAGUAUGAAAUAACUAAGCAAUACUUUCUUGUGUAUAACAGUUUCUCAGUUAAUAUUAUUCAGUUGUUAUGGAGUCAAGAAUAUGUUCAUUGAUUGAAAAGCAAAUGAAUCAUGUGUAAGGCAAAUACAAGGAGAAAAAUUUGUGAAAUAUUAGUUACUGAAUUCUAACUUAAUGACCAGAAAUAUUACUCUCAACGAAAGAAAAAAAAAGAAGUCUUGGGUUAGAAUGUUUUAUAAACAAUUUCAAAGAGUUGCAAACUGUAACCAUCUACCUAACUGCUCAUCUCCUAUCGAUUUUGUUAAUUCAUCAAGAUAUAAAAUAUCUUGAAAAUGAAAGAUAUUACAAUAUUGUUAAAUAAUUAGCAAUGAUUUCUUUUGUUUAUCUAUCUGAAUUUUUUCGUCUUCAGUUAUGAAUUUAUAUACCCUGCCAUAUUUGACAUUCCAAAAUAUACUGAAAACUAACUAUGUUAUUGGCACCAAUCUUGAAUAUUGAAUAAAUAAUACUUUAGAUGUACCAUUUUUGUUUUUCUUUUCUUACAUUCAAUCAUAGCUACUUAUUUUUAUUUUUCUUCAGCAAUUUACUAUUCAUGUUUUCAAUCUAUUAAUUGAACAAGUUUUUUUGUGUGUUGAAAACUAACUUAUUAUUUCCUAUAGACGUGAAUGUUUAAUAUAAAGAUAUAAUGUAGGUCCAGCUCUCACUGCGUUCUCGUGGUGGGGAUAUCGUUUACGAAAAUGAGAAGACAAAGAGUGAAUGUCUGGCGGUUUAACCGGAUUGGUGGACAUGGGAAGUUCACCUAGGGAGUUGGAAAACCCUGAUUCCAAACCAAUGGUGCACAUGGGCUCCAGGAUCCUGAAGGAACAAAUGGCGUAUGAACUAAUCGUUGGUCACCGGCUACCAUAGGACUGUAUCUCCUUACGUUGCUCCAUUGCUUUGUGGAUCAGACCUUUAGGUCGAAGGCUCCGGGUGUGGCCUCUCACAAGAAAACCACCUGCUUUGGUUUGGGCACCCGGACAAUAUCGUAGCUCACACAUAAAUGAAGUGACUUGUGUGGCGCAUAUGUAGUCGGUGCCCCUUUGUACCAAUCUUCAUGUGUUCAAAUAGAUAAAUAAAUAAAUAAUGUAG